UUUUCAUGUCUAAAACGUGAACGUUGAACGUUUAGCGCCGCCAUCUUGUAAGCCUAGAAGUUUGACAAUGGCAUUGGCUGCGUUUCUUUAUGCUGCGAGAGUGCAGCGUAAAUGACGUCACGAGCAGCGAUCGCUACACGUCGCUGCAUCAUAGUUUAGAAAGCUUUCCCCACGAGCGAAACAUGGACGUCUUAAUAUAUUCUCUGAUUUCGAUUACAGACGAAAGUAGUAUUUUAGCUAAAGAAUUACGACAUAACAAAAAAAGAAAGUACGAAGAAUUGAGCCUUGCUCUUUCCAAAAAAAUGAACAGAACAAAAGAGACAGAAAAUAGAUAAUUAUGUAGAAGACGUAGUAUUUUCUUAUUCUUUGGAUGACUUUCAAAGUCAUUUUAGACUUUCAAGAAGUUCUACAGAAGAAGUUAUAAAGUUGAUAAAUACAACAAGGAGUGAAAAAAAGAUGGGUCGACCUGGUAUUUCAACAAACAAAGAAGUGUUGUUAAGCAUAUGGACACUUGCUAAUCAAGAGUCUUUCAGAGGCAUUUCUGAUAGAUUUGGUUUAAGUAAAGGUCAUGCUUACAGGAAUUUUAUGAAUUUCUGUAAUAAAAUGUGUUCCAUGUCAAGUAAUUUUAUUAAGUGGCCAUCAAACAAUUUGGACGACACCGUACACAAGUUUGAGCAAUUACGGAAGAUUCCAUUGCCAGGUGUAAUUGGAUGUGUUGACGGAACACAUAUAUUUAUAAAGGCACCUAAAAAAGAUAGCCAAAGUUAUUUUAACAGAAAAGGAAGACAUUCCAUUUUGUUACAAAUAAUUUGUGAUGCAGAAAUGCAGAUAAUUGAUGCUUUUGUUGGAUGGCCUGGAAGUUCCAAUGACUCUAGGGUGUGGAAACAAAGUCCAAUAUACAAAUUAUUACUGCAGGAACCAUCAAAAUAUUUAGGAAACGAUUAUUAUUUAUUAGGUGAUUCUGCAUAUCCUUUAGAUACUUUUUUAUUGGUACCAUUUAAGGAUUUUGGUAGUCUCACUAUAAAACAAAAAACUUAUAAUAAAAGACACAGUUCUGUCAGAGUAGUUGUGGAACAAACUAUAGGACUUUUGAAAGGACGUUUCCGCAGACUUAAAUAUUUAGACAUGGAAAAUAUUGCAGCCAUGUCUAAAGUGGUUAUGACUGCAUGCAUUUUGCAUAAUUUAUGCAUUAAGAAAGGGGAAAAGGAUAUUCCAGAAGACAUAUUACUUGAUAACUGUGAUGAUGAUGAUGAUGGCGAUAAUUUUCCAGAAAACACACAAAAUCGUGCAGCUGCCAUUGAAAAACGAAACAGAAUAGCAGAUUUCUUGAUGGAGAAAUAAUAUAUAUUUUAAGUACAUCAUUUUGUAUGAACUAUACAUAUAAAAUAAAAUUUAAAUUAGUUAUAUAAUCUUGUAUUUUUUUUGUAUUGAAUAUAAGUACAUUUUAUUUUAACACAUUACAUUUGUUAUAUACAGGGUUCUGAUGCACCUGGAAAGUGAGGAUUUUCAUUAGUGUUUGGAAAAAGUCAUGGAAAGUAAUUAUAAGUAAUUAAACCUAUCAUACAAUUUGCCAAACAACACUAAACUGAUAACAAAUAUUUUAGAUGAAAGUUAACUUAAAAGAAUGCUUUAAGUACAUGUUUUCAUCAUCAUAGGACAGCAUAUAUCAAUACAAUUAUAAACUUGAUGCAAUAUGUUGAUUAAUAGCACUGAAUUCAAUUUUAUUUCUAUGAUGGAUUUUAUAAAGUUCAGGAAAUUUAUUAAGAGAGAAAUUUAAUAAAUAUUUACUUUUGUACAUGGAUUA